AUGUCGUCAAGGUUGCACCUCGCUCGUGGUCGGCUUUUCCGACCGUCCACCCUUCCGUCAUCGACUCGGAUCCUUCAACCUUCACAAGCAUUGCAUCUACUACCGCGCUCUCGGCUAAGCAAUGUCCCCCAGAUUCUGUCAGUAUCGCCCAUACGCACGUACGCCAAUGGCCGACCUCAUCCUCCUGGAGGUACCCAUCGUAUGAACCUGGGGGGUGAGCCCGAGAAAUCGGCUUUGGAACAGUUCGGUGUCGACCUCACAGCCAGGGCUAAAGCUGGCAAAUUGGACCCCGUCAUCGGACGAGAUGCCGAAAUCCAUCGCACCAUUCAGGUCCUGUCUAGGCGAACGAAAAACAACCCCGUUCUGAUUGGAGCAGCGGGUACUGGAAAGACGGCAGUCUUGGAGGGUCUGGCGCAGAGAAUUGUUCAGGGAGACGUUCCGGAAAGCAUCAAGGAGAAGCGUGUGAUUUCCUUGGAUCUGGGGUCUCUCAUCGCCGGUGCUAAGUUCAGAGGCGAUUUUGAGGAGCGGCUGAAGUCGGUCCUUAAAGAAGUCGAGGAUGCGCAAGGGGGUGUGAUCCUAUUCAUCGAUGAACUUCAUACCUUGCUUGGCUUGGGAAAGGCAGAGGGCAGUAUCGACGCCAGCAAUCUCUUGAAACCGGCAUUGUCCCGCGGUGAGCUUCAAUGCUGCGGUGCUACGACUUUGAACGAGUACAGAUUGAUUGAAAAGGACGUGGCUUUGGCAAGACGGUUCCAGCCGAUCCAAGUCGGCGAACCUUCAGUUGCGGCUACGAUUUCCAUCUUGCGUGGUAUCAAGAACAAGUAUGAAGUCCACCAUGGUGUCCGAAUCACGGAUGGUGCUUUGGUGGCAGCAGCAACUUACAGCAACCGUUACAUCACGGACCGCUUUCUUCCAGAUAAGGCGAUUGAUCUGGUCGACGAGGCGGCGUCUGCCUUACGCCUACAGCAAGAAUCCAAGCCCGACGUGAUUAGAGAGCUGGACCGCGAUAUCACCACCAUCCAGAUCGAGCUCGAGUCUCUUCGCAAGGAAACCGAUGUCAGCAGCCGUGAACGACGAGAAAAACUUCAAGGAGAUCUGAAAGUCAAGCAAGAAGAGGCGGCGAAAUUAACCGAGGUCUGGGAGAAGGAGAAGGCUGAAAUCGAAGGACUCAAGCGCGCAAAGGAGGAGCUGGAGAAAGCUCGCUUCGAAUUAGAACAGGCACAAAGAGAAGGAAACUUCGCCAAGGCUGGUGAGCUGAGAUAUGCCACCAUCCCAAGCCUCGAAGCCAAGUUGCCCAAGGAGGGUGAAGAGCCAACCGCAGGUACCCAAACCAGUCUAAUUCACGACUCGGUUACUCCUGAUGACAUUGGCAAUGUGGUUUCUCGGACUACUGGCAUCCCUGUCAACAAGCUGAUGGCCGGUGAGGUGGAGAAACUCAUCAAGAUGGAAGACACAUUGCGCCAAUCCGUUCGUGGGCAAGAUGAGGCUCUCUCCGCAGUCGCCAAUGCGGUCCGGAUGCAAAGGGCAGGCCUUAGCGGAGAGAAUAGGCCACUUGCUUCGUUCAUGUUCCUUGGUCCUACUGGUGUUGGAAAGACAGAACUUUGCAAGAAGAUGGCCGAAUUUCUGUUCUCCACCGAAACGGCUGUUGUCCGAUUUGAUAUGAGCGAGUUCCAAGAGAAGCACACGAUCAGUCGCUUGAUCGGCUCCCCGGCCGGCUACGUUGGGUACGACGACGCUGGUCAACUCACAGAGGCUGUAAGGAGGAAGCCGUACGCGGUGCUAUUGUUUGAUGAGUUUGAGAAAGCACAUCGCGACAUCUCCGCUUUGCUGUUGCAGGUCCUUGAUGAGGGUUUCCUUACAGAUUCUCAGGGCCACAAAGUGGACUUCAGAAACACUCUCAUCGUGCUUACAUCAAACCUCGGAGCCGACAUACUUGUUGGUGCCGACCCUCUGCAUCCUUACAAGGAGGUUGGAGAUGAGAUAUCGCCUGAGAUCAAGAAGUCUGUCAUGGAUGUUGUACAAUCAGCCUAUCCGCCAGAGUUCCUCAACCGCCUCGAUGAAUUCAUCAUCUUCAAGCGGCUGUCUCGCGAUGCUCUGAGGGAUAUUGUCGACAUCAGAGUCAAAGAGCUGCAAUCACGACUCGACGAUCGACGGAUGACUCUGCGGGUAGAUGACGAGAUCAAGGAUUGGCUCUGUGCAAAGGGCUAUGAUCCUAAGUACGGUGCUCGGCCCCUUAACCGCUUGAUUGCGAAGGAAAUUGGCAACAAGCUGGCUGAUAAGAUCAUUCGCGGCGAGGUUACAGCCGGGCAGACUGCUCGCGUCACAUUCAAUGCCGAUAAGAGUGGACUUGCAGUCAUUGCGGAAAUCGCUGAAGAAACUGAGCUCGAAUCCGCGUGAAACAAAAGUUCAUUUCGCAUUUCAUGUUCCUGCCAUUUGGUAAUGGGCGCCAUUUUCCGGUGUUUCAGUGUGUUAAGAUGAUGACCUUGGAUGACUUGAUCUCUACUCUUUGACAUUGUAUUAUAGCAUUGU